GUUCCAGGCGGAUGAUUAUUGGUGUUGCACAAAGCUCUCAUUUCCGCACAGACGGAAGGAAGCGUCGCCCAUAAAGAGACAAAACCAUUCCUCUUAAGUUUUCCGUUUAAACCGGGAAACGAGCAUAUUUUACUCCUCUUUGCUCCCUUAUUGCUGUUUUCCCAUAAAUUUUCCACAUUAUAUCGAUAACUGCCCACAGCCCCCGCUCUCGCCCUCUCCGACGUUGGACUGGUGGGACAUUUUGCAUCCGGCGGCGGAAAAUUUCCAUAUUUCCAAAACUUGACAGAUGCGGGCAAAAAAGGUCCAGAAUGUGGGAUUAUUUUAAACUAAACGGAAAAUAUCACAGUUCAACGGGUGAACUGCAGAACGGAAGUGACGUGUAUGUCCUCAAACCUCUCAGCGGGAAACGUCAACUAGCUACUUCGUGACUGCUAACAGUCGCUGCAGUGAUGUUCGGCCUCCUGCUCGCUGUCCUCGCCCUCCCUGGACUCCUGCGUGGGGAUCUGGUGUUCAGAUGCCCGCGCUGCACGGCGGAGAACCAGGACGGCUGUCCUAAGGUCACGCUGUGCACAGAGAUGGUGCGGGAGCCGGGCUGCGGCUGCUGCCCCGUGUGCGCCCGCCUGGAGGGGGAGUUCUGUGGCGUUUACACGCCGCGCUGCUCCACCGGGCUCCUGUGCUCCCCCAGCAUGGACGCAGAGUUACCCCUGCAGCAGCUCAUCCAGGGCUUCGGCCGAUGCACGCGCAGUGUGGAGCAGGACCUGAGUUUGGACCUGCUGCCCACUAAUGAGGUGCACAGCACCGAGAGUCCUCUGGUGAAGAGGCCCCUGCUGGACCCCUGGAACCGGCAGGAGAAAGCCCGGCUUCAGACUCAGAAUGAGCUGAGAACCAGGAUGAGGACCAGCCUGCACGACGAGCGAGUCCAGAGAGACCCGCCGAGCUCCUGUCAGCAGGAGCUGGACAUGGUGUUGGAGGAGAUCUCCAGGAUGACCUCAGAGGACAACCGGGGCCCGCUGGAGAACCUGUACGGCCUCAAGUUCCCAAACUGUGACAGACACGGACUGUACAACCUGAAGCAGUGCAACAUGUCGACCCACGGCCAGCGGGGCGAGUGCUGGUGCGUGGACCCGCUGACGGGCGUCCAGAUCCCGGAGACGCCCAGAGUCAGAGGAGACCCCAACUGCAACCACUUCCAGGAGGCGCUGCGGGCGCCGGCCACCACGGCCCGCUAACACACACACACACACACACACACACACCGGGUUUGAUCCUGCACUCUGUAGAAGGAAAUGCCUUUUUUGUCUAAUCUUCACACUGCAGCCUGAAGCGACACAAACCUGAUCUUUAUGAUGAAACUUGUUUUUGCAGAUAAACGGUCUGUUAGGUUCGAGUUCUGACUUUAUGCUUCUGUGUUAAUUUUGAAUGUUUCUUGUCUUUAUUUUUGCCUGGAGCCGUUUCUCUGGCCUCUCGGGUCAAACGGUUCUCAGGCACUUUAAUUUGCAGCCAAACGUUGAGUCUGAACUCCGUCACUUUGGGUUUAGACUCGUUGCAUGAAGCAUCAUUUUCCUCAUCUAACAAAUAUGAUUGUUUCCACAUUUUCCAACACAGAACAAAAGCUGCUUCACAAUUUAAUCAAAUACUAAAAUAUUUGCACACAGAAAUAAUUAGUCAAACCGGAUAAAAAUACAAAAAUUAAAACAAUUUAACUGCCUGAUAUUUAUAGGGGAAGUGAGACUGUAUUGGCUGCUGCAGCUCAUCGAGCUGCAUGACUGUACAGGACGGCGCCUCUUAGCCGCUGCAGCCAUUAGUCUUCAUGGAGUCACAGAAAAGCAGGAUGAGCAGGAAUCUGCCACAGAAAAAGACGCAGCGCGUCUUUAUUUCUUGUCUAGUUUCUAUAAAAUAAAGUUAAACACUUUAAAAAUUAUUGCCAAAAAACAAUUCAGAAUGUGGUAUGAUGAGUGAUGGUCUGAAACAGCAGCGGUUUGUUAGAUGAUUUAACCUUCUGUCAUUGAGUCGCCUCAUUUUACUGUGAAAGAAAAAACCCUGAAUUCACAUCUGCAUGUUAAGCUAGCUCAGCUAACUGACGUCUCUAUUCUUUUUUUCUCGAUGUUUCCCUGAGCUGUGAAAUGUGAUUGUAGACGAUGGAUAGUAAAUCAUCACGCCUCUUUUUCUAAUAGUUUUUAUGUCAUUUUCCUGCACAAUGUCGACGUCCAGGCCAGUAAUUUAUAUCAAUGACGCUGGUCUGAUAGAUGUCAAAUUAAGAUUUAAAUUUCUCACAACUGGAGAUACUUUUUAAAUUUACUUUGGCCAAAUGAUCAGAGUGGGUGUGUAUCAGCUAGCAUGCGAUGCUAACUGAUCUGAUCUGAGCUGCUGUUAGUUUCACUCCUGAGAAAUUCUCUCUGAUUCUCCAAACUCGGGUCACUCUGACCGCCGUUUACACCGGGUAAGAUAGUCACUGCUCACAGCUACUCUGAGAGCCAACAUUUUCCCCAAAUAGAUUAUCUGAAACAAGAAAUCAAAGAAAAGUUGUUAAAACUGGAAAUGUUUCUGUAAAAGUAGAAAAACACACGUUGCAUCUUGUGACUUUGUCCUAAAGCAGAUUCUUUUUUCAUUGUUAAAGAAACUGAACUAAAUUAUUAGUUUAUUGUUUUUAUGUAUGAUUCCCAUUGUGUUCUGUAGUUUCCCUUUAUGUUUAUAAAAGUAAUAAAACCUGGAUAAAAUCCUCAUG